GCCGAAAGUAGCUACGCAAGAGGAAUCCUUGCGUCCGCGCGGAGACGUCAGGACGUGGGGGGCACGCAGCGCGGCGCAGGGCAGGGGGCGGGGGCCCGGGACUGAAGCGAGGGUCCGCGCGGAGCCUCCGCGCCCGGCCAGCCAUGUUCCGCUAUCAGUCUCUGGAGGACUGCCCUUUAGAUGAGGAUGAUGAAGCCUAUCAUAACUUGGCUGAGGAAGAUGAAGAUAUUGACCAGUUCAAUGAUGACACCUUUGGAGCUGGUGCAGUUGAUGAUGAUUGGCAGGAAGCCCAUGAAAGGCUGGCAGAGAUGGAGGAAAAGCCUGCAUCUGCAGGAGAACAAGUGGAACGGGGAGUCACUGACGAGAUGGACCUACUGGGGGACCAUGAAGAGAACCUGGCAGAGAGGUUGAGUAAAAUGGUGAUUGAUAAUGAGCUAGAAGACCCAGCCAUCAUGCAGGCUGUGCAAACCCGACCUCUGGUACAGCACUCAACUGGCCUUAAUUCAAGCAUCUGGGAUGGUCCUUCAGUACUCAGGCGAAUUAGAGGGCCACUUCUCAAUCAGGAGGUUCCCUCUGUGUCAGUACUAGAAUAUGCCCUCCCACAGAGGCCUCCCCAAGCCCAGGAAGAGGAGCAGGAUGUUUCGGAGCGGGCGUUGCCAAGGCGGUCAUCCUCACCAGUCAUUGGCAGUCCUCCUGUGAGGGCUGUUCCCAUUGGGACCCCACCAAAGCAGCCCAGCAUGCCCAACUUUAACCAGCAGAUCUUAUGUCCAAAGCCUGUUCACAUCAGAGUCCCAAUUCAGCAACGUUAUCCAAGUCCCUUUAGUGAAAGGAUGUCUCCAAACCAGCUCUGCAAUGUGACGAAUUCCUCCCUCCUGGGACACCCAUUUCCUCCCAGUGUUACUCCUGUUCUCACCCACCUCCAAAGAGCACAGCUGCUAGGAGGAGCACAGGCUGGUAGGAUGUCUCCCAGUCAGUUUGCACGGGUGUCUGGCCUUGUUAGCAGCCCUCUUGCAUCUAUGAACCCUAAACUCCUCCAAGGCAGAGUUGGGCAGAUGAUACCCCCAGCCAGCGGAUUCCGUGCCUUCUUUGGGGCACCACCUGCACCAUCACAACAUCACUCCCCGUGUCCUGGAGCUCAUUUGCAGAACCUAAGGCCUCAGCCACAGAUGUUCAGGCCAGAUACAACUCACCUUCACCCACAGCACCGACGACUCUUACAUCAGAGGCAGCAGCAAAACAGGAGUCAGCACCGGAAUCUAAAUGGAUCGGUUGGGGACCGAGGGAAUCAUCGAAAUAACCACCAGGAACAAAUCAGAAAGGAUCCAUAUGCCAAUCUCAUGCUCCAGCGGGAAAAGGACUGGGUAUCAAAGAUCCAGAUGAUGCAACUGCAGAGCACUGAUCCCUACUUGGAUGACUUCUAUUAUCAGAACUAUUUUCAGAAGCUGGAAAAAUUGUCUGCGGCUGAGGAUAUGCAUGGUGAUGGUCCUAAGAAAGAACGCACUAAGCUGAUCACCCCACAAGUUGCAAAGUUAGAGCAUGCCUAUAAGCCAGUGCAGUUUGAAGGCUCACUAGGGAAGCUGACAGUCUCCAGUGUGAACAAUCCCCGGAAAAUGAUUGAUGCUGUUGUGACGCUGCGAGGUGAAGAAGACGAGACAAAAGAGAAACAGGUUCGAGAUAAAAGGCGUCAGACUCUUGUCAUGAUUGAGAAGACAUACAGCCUACUCCUGGAUGUAGAAGACUAUGAGAGGCGCUACCUCUUGAGCCUGGAAGGGGAUAGGCUAGCCUUGAUGGAGGAGAGGAAGCAAAAGAUCUGUGAUAUGUAUGACAAUCUAAGAGGGAAAACAUCCAACCAGGAAAGCAAGCUGAGCGAUGACCCUUUUGUGCAGAUUAUGUGCAUCCGGAAAGGAAAGCGUCUGGUUGGCCGGAUUCUGCCCUUCUUGUCCACUGAACAAGCUGCCAACGUUCUCAUGGCAACAGCCAGGAACCUGCCCUUCCUAAUCAAGAAGGAUGCCCAGGAUGAGGUUCUCCCUUGUUUGCUGAGGCCCUUCUCCCUUGUUCUCUACCAUCUACCCCUGGGAACUGUGGCCUGCAUCCUGCAGCAGCUCAUGAACCUACCUCAGAGCACAACAGCAGCUCCAUCUGCCAACCAACACCUCACAGCUGUGCUCCAGAACAAGUUUGGCCUCUCUCUUCUGUAUUUGGUCUUGAGCCGAGGAGAAGAACUGCAAAAUUCAGACUCUAAUACAGAGCACAUGCAAGACAACCAGUGGGCGGAUCUGAUGUUCAUGGCAACCCGGGAGCUUCUCCGGAUCCCGCAGGCAGCCUUGGCAAAGCCAGUGACUCCCCCUUCUAAUCUCUUAUCACUCUUCUCUCGCUAUGUUGAUCGGCAGAAGCUGAAUGUGCUAGAAACAAAGUUGCAGUUGAUUCAAGGAAUACGGUAGAAGGCCUCAAAGUUCUGCCAUGCUGGUGUCCUUCGUUGCUGCCACCUCCAGAGUGUUUUAGUAGGCAAAGAGGAGGCAGUGCCUUCUCGAAAUAAAUCCUUGUGGGAUUAUGCCUCUCUGUCCUAGCACGGAAAAUUGCUCUCUUGCUCUGAGCUUGGCUAGGGACAUGCUUCCCUUUCCUGCCCGUCAGUUUGCAGUUGUGCAUGUCCUUCCUGCAUCAAAUCCACCCCAGGCUUCCCUUCCUUUCCCAAUUUCACAAUGGAUUUUCUCCCUAAACAGACCCUAUUCUCCCCACCACACUACUGACUGAUUGGUAGGGGGAUUAACUUUGCUUUCUGUCUCCUUGCUUGAAAACACUGGGUGUUAGGCAGGAGAGGGGGACACAAACAUGCCUGUGUCCCUGCACUGUGGAAAUGGUGAAACUAGCGGCCUCUGUGUUGGAGAUAUUAAAUGACUGGAAGUCUUUCUGUCUAGCCCACUGGUGAGCCUAUUCUGCUCUUCCAGUGUCAGAUGCCGUACUAUAGUAUUGCCCCAGUCCUUACAAAGCAAUCACCUUUCUAAACCUUGUGAUGAAGCAGCAUCAUUUUUGCACAUUUGUCUAGUCUUCCUGAACUCAUUUUCUAGCUGAGCUUUCUGUCUCUGACGUACACCUUGCUUCAAGCUCCAGCUGGCCGAGAUCCUCAUAGACUUAACCCAUAAGGUACCAGGAAUCAUUUCACCUGGAACAAAUUUAGUGAAUUACAAUAGUAUACACUGCUAGGUCCUGCUGGUUUGUGCUCUUUUUUAUUUGGCUGUGGUGGGGUUUUAAAUUUUUACUCUGCUUUUAAAAAGAAUUUGCACACUUAGGUAUUCUCCAACAAGUAAACCCUUGUUACUAAUGCUGCCUUUCCUCUGCAUUCUCCUCCUGUCUCCCUAUCAAUCCAAAUUUCUAACUUUUCCACCACUUCCUUUCCUUUGCAAUCUCUUAGCCUCUCUUGAUCCCUUCAUCUAACCCUACUCCCUUCAGUACACAUGACCAGGUGGUCCAUUAUUAUUAUUAUUGUGCUUUUACUUUUUGGUUUGGUUAUGAUUAAUGAAAAAUUUCUAAAUUUACAUUUUUAUAGGGUAUUGUAAAUAAAAAAUGUAUACUUGU